ACGCCUGGAGCUGCUCGGCGCGCCCCGGAGCUGCCUGCCGUCUCCCCCUUGUGUGCCCCGAGGAUUGGGGCUCCGGCCUGCGCCCAUUCCCUCCGUCGUCCGGAGUGCGCGGAGCUGGGAGCGGCUUGGCCAUGGCCGCGAGGAGGGACUCCGUGUGGAAGUACUGCUGGGGAGUUUUGAUGGUUUUAUGCAGAACUGCCAUUUCCAGGUCGAUAGUUUUAGAGCCCAUCUAUUGGAAUUCCUCGAACUCCAAAUUUCUACCUGGACAAGGACUGGUACUAUACCCACAGAUAGGAGACAAAUUGGAUAUUAUUUGCCCCAAAGUGGACUCUAAAACUGUUGGCCAGUAUGAAUAUUAUAAAGUUUAUAUGGUUGAUAAAGAGCAAGCAGAUCGAUGCACUAUUAAGAAGGAAAAUACCCCUCUUCUCAACUGUGCCAGACCAGACCAAGAUGUAAAAUUCACCAUCAAGUUUCAAGAGUUCAGCCCUAACCUCUGGGGUCUAGAAUUUCAGAAGAACAGAGAUUAUUACAUUAUAUCUACAUCAAAUGGGUCUUUGGAGGGCCUGGAUAACCAGGAGGGAGGGGUGUGCCAGACAAGAGCCAUGAAGAUCCUCAUGAAAGUUGGACAAGAUGCGAGUUCCGCUGGGUCAACCAGGCAUAAUGAUCCGACACGACGCCCAGAACUAGAAGCCGGUACAAAUGGAAGAAGUUCAACGACAAGUCCCUUUGUCAAACCAAAUCCAGGUUCCAGCACAGACGGCAGCAGUGCCGGGCAUUCGGGGAACAACAUCCUCGGUUCCGAAGUGGCCUUAUUCGCAGGGAUUGCUUCAGGAUGCAUCAUCUUCAUCGUCAUCAUCAUCACGCUGGUGGUGCUCCUGCUCAAGUACCGGAGGAGACACAGGAAGCACUCGCCGCAGCACACGGCCACGCUGUCGCUCAGCACGCUGGCCACCCCCAAGCGCAGCGGCAACAACAGCGGCUCGGAGCCCAGUGACAUUAUCAUCCCGCUGAGGACUGCGGACAGUGUGUUCUGCCCCCACUAUGAGAAGGUCAGCGGGGACUACGGGCACCCCGUGUACAUAGUCCAGGAGAUGCCUCCCCAGAGCCCGGCGAACAUUUACUACAAGGUCUGAGACGCGGCAGUGCCUUCGCUUUCCCGGAGGAAGCCCACUGUCCCACCACCGCCCCGAGGAGGGUUUGAUGACCCCCCCGUGUCUCGAAUGGACCGGAGCACGGCGGGGGAGAGGGAGCACUCCUUCUCGGAAGAGCCCUGUUGAGUUGGACAGCUUACCUAGUCUGUAGCGCCCGGACCGCGGUGAAGACAGACGCCCACCGCCGGCCGGGAGACUGGCGUGGAAGGUGCCCGAUGGGACCGCAGCGCCCGCCUCCCCCCUCCACCUCCAAGCCAUGUGCCGCGGUCACCUGGGCCUGCAGGAAGCCGAGGGCGACAGAGCGGCAGCGGGCGUGGGGGGGACUGGGCGAGCCGUGAGCAUCCCGGGCAGGUGUCCCCCGGGGGCCGCGGGGCCUGGAAACGCCGCCUUCUGCCUUGGGCGUCCCUCCUGAGGAGCGUCCGGACUUGUCACACAGACCUCUGGCUGGGGGAGGCUUUCAGAGGUCCCGCGCCCAGUCCUCACCGUUGCACACACCCCUGCCGACCUCCGGGGCCCCGCAGCGCGAGCCCCUCACUCCACACCCCGCAUCACUGCUGGCACACUCACCUUGGGAGUCUCCUGCCCCCGCGCCACGGCAGCUGGAGCCGAUGGGUCCUACACUUCUAGAAAUUGCGUCUGCUACUAAGGAGCCUUCAGCUGCGGAAGACCAGAAAGACCAGGAGCUCAUGGAAGGGGGCGGGCCGGGA